GGCAGACAACCCACCACUCUCUCUUUCACAUGUGCAAGCUUGGAAUUUUUUCAUCACUUCUUGCUGUCAGCUCCGAACAGAUUUCUGGAAAUCUGAGUAUCAUAUCAGAAAACAUGAAUAUCAACCUCUGAUUUUCCGCUCACCCAUUUCAAUUUUUCGCUAGGCCUUCUCACACCCUCCAUCAAUAGCCCUAGGCUUCUAAGAUGGAUCCAUAUACCCUUCUUGAUUAUGCUUUGUUGAAGCUCACUCCUACUAGGACAAGAUGCGAUCUUGUGGUAGUUUCUGGUGGAAAAAAUGAGAAAUUGGCUUCUGGGUUGGUGGAACCUUUCAUUGCUCACUUGAAAUUUGCGAAAGAUCAGAUUUCAAAGGGUGGGUAUUCAAUAACUAUGCGCCCACCCUCCCCUGCUCCAACCUGGUUCACUAAAUCCACAUUUCAAAGAUUUGUACGUUUUGUAAGCACACCCGAAAUUCUUGAGAGGUUUAUGCGGUUAGAGAAAGAGAUUGUACAGAUUGAGAGUUCCAUUGAUUCCAAGAGCCUCUCAAUGUCAAUAUCAGAGGAAGGGACACCACCACCAGCUGAUAGAACCGCAACUAAGGAAAACUCCAAGUAUCGUCUCCAAUGUCUUAUGGAUACUCGUAAAGCAUUGCUUAGGAAAGAGCAAGCGAUGGCUUAUGCUUGUGCCACAGUAGCAGGAUUUGAAGUGGAGCAGAUGGAUGAUCUCAUAUGCUUUGCUAAUGCUUUUGGUGCCUCCCGCCUAAGGGAGGCAUGUGUUGAUUUCAUAGAACUUUACAAGCAAAAGCACACAGAUUGCCAAUGGAUGGAUGAGGUGAUAGCAAUGAAGGCAUGCUCCCAACCGGAGCUGUCAUAUUUGGGGAAUUCAGGGGUUGUAUUAGCUUGUGAGAAUGGGAAUGGGUCACUUGUGCGUAGUUGCUCCUUGGAUACUUCAUCUGAUUCAAAGGAAAGCCAACAGAACUUUGAUAGUAUUGGAGAUAAUAACAUGGCAACACCAAAUCAGACGCCAAUAUCAACAAAAAAUCAGAUGCAGAUGCCAUGGCCAAACCAAAUUCCCCCUUACAUGUACAACUUUCAGACCCCCAUGCAACCAAUGCAUUUCCCUGUCGGUAUGCAUCAUGUGCCUCCAUACUAUCCAGGCCAUCUGCAAUGGUCUCAAACUGUUGAUGAUUCUCCAAAUGGUACUAAACAUCACCACAAGUCGUCAAGGAGAAAAAAGGAAAAAGUUUCUGAAUCAGAUGCUCGUGAAAAAAGUUCUGAUUCGGAUGACGAAGACGUGAAAUCAAGCAGUUCUGGUUCUGAAUCCGAUUCGGAUGAGCCGAGGAAGCAAAGACGACAUGGUAGAAAGCACAAGAAGAAAUCCUCUAAAACAGUCGUAAUCCGUAAUAUAAAUUACAUCACCUCUAAGAAUGGCAGAUCUGAUGACUCUUCGUCGGUUGAAGCCACCUCAUCACUUGAUGAGAGUUCUAUAAAGCAACAGGUGGAUGAUGCAAUAUCACUUCUGGAACAAGGCCACAACAAUAAAAAGACUCAUAAACACAGCAGAAAAGGAAGAGAAGGGCAUAAUGGCGGUGUUGAGAACUGGGAUGCCUUCCAGAGCAUUCUAAUGAGUAGGGAAGACGAGGAAGAGAAGGAGAAGCAAAGUGGUGCGUCCUUAAUUGGCGAAGAUGACUCAAUGGUAAAAGAUUCCAACGGAUUUGAUUCUGAGAAAAUUUAUGUGAAACGUAACUUGCCUUGUGAUGAUUCUGCUAUUGUGACUGAAAGAUAUGGAGGAGGGCAUAAUGGUGAUGAUUGGUUCGUUGUGAAUACUAAUAAUUCUGGGACUUUAGAAAGAGAAGGGGCGAAAGAUGCGAUUUUUGAAAACGGUGACGUUGAGGCUAAUAGAACAGGUAAUGGUGCAACUAUUGAUGAUUCUUUCAUAAUACAUACUCGUUCGGUAUCAAAUGACCAGUGGAAAACAGACAUUCACAUGGAUGGAGACCUCAUUACUGAACAAGUUGUUUCUUCACCAGCCAACCCACCUUCUAGCAAUGAACCUAAUGAUCUGUGUGUAGUUGUUGCCCGCGAUCCUAGUAUGGGGCCAGCUGAGGGGUCUUGGAUGCCAGGAUUGGAUUAUGAGAUCGAAGCUUCUUUUGUGGAGAGGCCUAAUAAAAGCUCCCCUUGUGUAGAAGAACCAAACGGUGGUCAGGCUGAAGAAAGUCCUGUUAAGGGUACCAAGAAAAGCAGUAAGAAGGAUUCAAGUCCUACAAUAAAAACCCCCGCGAAGGAUAAUACAAAGUCUAGGCUCUAUCCGGCGUACCUCUCAAGGAACAAGGCUUACCCUCUGCCGAAAAGCAAGAAAAUGUCUCCUACGAAUAAGCUGGCAGUCCUUAUGACCAAACUUGAAAGGGAGGAGGAAGCGCGAAAAAAGAUGAAGGAGUUGGUGAUCGAAAGACAGAAAAGAAUUGCAGAAAGGACUUCUGCUAGUGGUAUUCGCACUUCAGGACCUCAAAAAGGCACAGCUGCCACUAAAACUGCUUCUGGUAAGCUGGAAAAGCGUAAGCUUCAGCCACUAAAGAGAGCAUGAAUCCAUAUCAAAGCACAGAAUAUGUCAGAAUGUAAAGACUGAAACGUUUUGAGGUUUGGUUAGACAUGUUCACAAAACAGACACCUUAUGUUCCAGAAUCCCAGAAAUAGUAAGUUCACUUGAUUCUUUCUUCGGUUAAGCUGAGAUUUGCACUGUCCACAUACUUUUUAUUGCAAUGUAAAGUAAUGAAUGUAAAUAUAUUCAUUGAAUAAUACAUAUCCUAUAUCUACAAGGAUAAGACAAACAGAUAUUUAGUUGAGUGAUAUGCGUCAAAGACUCUAAUCUUUUCAUGUUGCAGCCUGCAGGCUAGCGUGGCAGCGUAAAUUUUAUUAAUUUGUUUGUUUAUAUAAUGUGUGAAACAUCUUUUAUAUUUAUUGUACUUGUAGGAAAAUGUAUUCUUUUUCACCCUUUUUUGUAGUUGGCGUUUGUUUUCCUUUUAUACA